GGCACUUUCCCCUACUUUCCUUGGCAACAUUUAAUUUCGAGAACUGCACGGCCGCGUUGACACUCGGGGGUAACUUAUUUCUAAUAACAAUCUGACCCCCGGGCAUAGUUCCGACAAACUCGGCUUAUAUGAUAACACUUCUAGAUCAUAGUUGUAUUAUGUGGUCGAGAUGAUAUUCGAGAGACUUCAUCAUUGACAAUCAGCGCGUUUGCCCAGACCUCGAUCGUCAGUCAAUAUGAGUAAAACGGCCAAGGUAGUGCCAUACCUAAGUCGGUUGGAGGACGCUAGAUGUGAAGGGAGAUGGGAUGAUGUGCCAGAACUCGUGCGAAAGAUUCGUAAACAUGCCACUGAUAGGAUAUGCCUCACGACAACCGCAGAGAUCGAAUAUGCUAUCGUAAAAGCCUCCCAGAAGCAGAAGUCCGAGUCGAGACCUGCAACCGCCGUUUCUGCUCAGGAUCUAGAUGUGGCACAAUUAGUCCCGAGAUUACUUAGUGCCAUCGAUGCCGAGACCACCUACAACGAAGAUAAAUAUCAAGCUCAAGUCUGCGUAGGAUGGCUUCACUGGACCGUUGGCGACUACGAUCGUGCAUCUGAACGAUUAUCACAAAAUUUGGAUAACGAAGCUACUCAACUCGACCAGCUGGACAAUACUGCUGAAUGGACCAAAGUAUGCUCCCUGAAAGCUACUUACCUGAAGGCGAACUGCCUUGCACGGAGUGGUGGGAGGAUUGAAGCGCUUGCUAUAUUCCAAUCGGCGUUGGCCUCCCUGUCUCAUGCAUGGUUGAAUCAAAAGAGUCGGAAGCAGCUGCGAUUUUGGGCUGAACUUUUUCUGACCGAAUACUGCAUGCUACAAUCCCAAGCUCUGGAAAAGGGUGAGAAGACCCUCGAGGACGCAGACUCAUUGACUCCCUUUCGUUCCUGGGCGAAAUACUGGGAAGUUGCCAAGGCUCAAGGCACCCCUCUUGCGGGUGGGUAUGGCUUUCGUGGAGCUGUGCCGAGAAGGAGGGUGUGGGAUGAAUACUACGCUGCUGUUUCUGGGAUUUUGCAGUUGGAUUUGCCGUUCCCAACUGGGUCUGUCGAUGUUACCAACGAAUCAUCGGCUAGAAGCCAGCUACGGGUGGAGUUGAAGAAGGUUGAGACAGCUUACGAAGGAUUACUUCUAAGCGAAACCUCCUUCCCGCGAGCCGAAGAGCAAAGACAAGAAGUGGAAGACUUCGUCACGCUUGUAAUGAAGAACUGGAGUGUACUCGGCGGUCGUGAUUGGUACGAGCAAGAUCUCGGGCCCGGUGGCAAAGAGGGCCUAAGCCGUGGCGUACUAGACAUUCUAUACCGGGCCGCAACUAAAACGUUUCAUUCUACCGCCAUUCUACGACAUCUAUUCACAGUUCACCUCUCAAUUGCUGAAUUUGACCUAGCUUUCCGCGCGUUCGAUUCCUACUUGGAGAUUGUCAAAAAAGGGAAAGCCCGGGUUGAUAAGACUGGCCAUCCGGAGCCAAGUCUUGAUGACGAUUCAACCGUUUUAGAGACAAUUUCACAAGCAAUUAUGGCACUCUGCAAAUAUGGCUUCCGGGAUGCGGCGGAAAAGGCACAUGGUCUAGGAAUUGAAUUAGAAGGAAUGCUGCAGAAAUUGCCCUCUCCGGUUCCCAAUGCGCAAGAGAAUAUUACGACACUGAUUGAGGAGGAUGGCAAUGGUGUCAUAUUACAUCCAAGGAUCUCAUCUCGGAUGUAUGCCUUGGCAUGGCAAGCCAUAGGCAUUUCACAGUCGCAGUGGUCCCGAGCAACCCAUGAUGCGUCUGUGAGGACCGAAACUCAGAGUAAGGCCAUUCGGAGCUUCCAAAAAUCUUUGUCACCAGAAAACGGAAAUCCCACAGACAUCAGAACCUUGUUCACCCUUGGUCUACUACUGGCGGAGCAACGGGAACUGACCGCGGCCAUUGACAUCGUCAAAGCUGCCCUUAUGUCCAAUAAGAAGGCUGGAGACCAUGCUUUCGAGUCUCGGUCAUACUGGCGGGAGCGCUCGCUGAUACCCGUGUGGCACUUGCUUUCAAUUCUUCUAAGCGCCAGACAAGACUUCAUCAUGGCUGCUAGAGCUUGUGAAGGGGCAUUUGAGCAAUUUGACGACCCAACUAUACUGUUUGGGUCACAAAACCUACAAGGCACAUUCCGAAGCGAACACCUUAACGAGGCAGAAGCUCGGAGCGAGAAUGAUCAAUCGAGGGGGCUUGUAGACGAAAUGGAUGAUCUCGAAAAGGAGGGGAUGAUCGAAGUAAAAAUGACCCAGCUUGCUUUACUAGAAUUGUUGGAAGGACCAGAAGUUGCAGUGAACGCAAGUCACGAGUUACUGGUUUUGUACAUGAGGCUGUUUAGCGAUUCUCCCCCAAGACCACCGCCAACAGCCCAAAACUCAACGAUGCGAGUUCCACCAAAAAGUUCAGCUGGCACCGUCAGGACUCUUCGUGGUAGCAUUUUUGGCAGCAGAUCAGAGAAGCCGUCUCAAGACCCUAGACGAGGUAGUGUUACGGAAAUCGGUAGAUCUACUACCCAGACCGAAAGGCCUCAAACCACCCAGACUACUAUCAGUCCCACUACCGCUGCUCCCUCAAUACAAGUUACGAAGGAAAACGGCGAGGCUAGUGAGUCUCGACGGUCUAGGAGGUCAUCAAGCGUUCGGGGGCGCAGCGAUUCUACGAGACGAAAUAGCUUGAAGAAGCGAGAACCAAGCGCUCAGCCCCGGCGAGGCUCUAGCAGCGGGCCCGUGCCUCAUCCUCCAAGUGUUGUAGACGGUGAAGAUUACUAUACGCCAGUACCCAAUGCGGCAGGCCAAGAGCAAGUAGAUGCCUUUGCAUGGGGCAGCAAGAGCGACAUAUCUCGACAGCAGUCAUUCUCUAAUAAAGGCCGUGGACUGCUACGGUUUGACUCGUCUGCUUCCUCGACCAAGGGGUCCGCAGGUGGUUCCGACAGUCUAAUCCUGGAAUCUCUUUCAACCCCAAGUCCACUACCGACUAUUCACUUUUCGAAGGAGCAAGUUAAGCAGCAGAGGCAGACCAUACUCAUCAAAGUGUGGCUAAUGAUUGCUGCAUUCUACCGCCGUGCUGAAAUGUAUGGUGAUGCUAAGGGUGCAGUUGAUGAAGCGAAGAAGUUGGUAGACGCUCUAGAAGCUGAUGUCGCUAAAGACGGAAGCGGUUCUGUAGGCUUGCGCGAUCCAGGUUGGGGCGGGAGAAAGUCUGUCGAGGAACUUUGGGGUGAUGUGUUGAGCGAGAUGGGUCAACUGGCAAUUGAAGAAGAGACGCCCUUUAUAGCGAGAGACCACUUCGAAGAAGCUCUAAUGCACUACCCCGACCACCCUCCAGCUAUUGUUGGACUGUCCAAUAUCCUCCUCGAUAUCUACAACGAAGCGCUUCUUCCACCCCCUGCAAUCCCAGGCAUCACCUUGCCGGACGGCCAAUCAACCAACCUUGGCCAAGCAAGUCCUAGUUCUCGAAAGCCAGGCACCAAUACAAGCCAAAGUGGAAAUAUCCCGACCCUACCAUCAACACCUUUGGGGCUUGGGGGCGUCGCAACGGAUGGCUCAGGCUCACCGCCAUUGGACAAGGCAUCUUCGGAUGCUUAUGACUCGGAUAGUCCGUCGGCAGAAGAGCUACCAGCACCUUACAAAGCAACUUCUUUACCCUUAAUUGAUCGACUUGCCGCUCGAGAUAGAGCUUAUGGAUUACUAUCCGGGCUCACUAAAUUAGGCACCGGAUGGAACUAUUCAGAUGCAUGGUUUGCCAUGGCUAAAGUACAUGAAGAGAGCGGACAGCCAGACAAAGCCAAAGAAGCACUGUGGUGGUGUGUAGAGCUUGAGGAAGGCAUGGGUGUCCGCGAAUGGACUUGUGUCAGUGCCAAUGGUUACGUACUAUAGGCCGGCCUGCAUCAGCGAUGACGUCUAGCUUCCAAAGCACACAAAACAGCGGCAAUUCCUCCGAAGACUUAAUAGCCUACUUAUGCAUGGGCUUAUAUACUGGAAAAUAAAUUGGCAAAGAAAUUGGCCAUGGUUGGGGUUUGACAGUAAUAUCGGUGUAUUAAAAAAAGAAUUUUUACCGUGUGGAUGUUUUUGUUGCCUUUCUAUACAUUUUUUUCAGCCGAGCUUUGGACGCCUCCAUACACUUCUACAUUUCUAGACCAGGACUGAUACCCUCUCGUGGCGUAUUCCAUUCUCAGGAAGAUUAAUGAUAUAUAGACUCAAUUCAAUUUUGAUCCCUAUUAAUUACAAACACCAAAUCAAUACGUGCUUCUUUCUUUACUCGAGCAAUUUCAAAUCAAGAUUCAAUAUGAUACUGAGGAUUACUACAUAAAAGUCGACAACAGUCAAGGUUUUGGACUAAAGGGGUUGGCUUAUUCUACCUAAGAUCUUUUGGG